AUGUCAUUUCUCACAGAACGAACCCUCCGGUCCGCCGUACCGCUAUGCAGAACCAUCAUGGCCCAAAGCCCCCGGGCUUUCAGCACGUCCGUCGUGAUGAGAAAAUCGCCGACGGACUCCGUAAAGGACGGAUUGAAGACGGUUGAUAGGACGGUGACGGAUAAUAUCGUCUUGCCGGGCCUGGAAGCAGCUGCUUCUGCGGGGAGCAAGAUCAAGGAGGGUGCUGAUACGGUCGCCCAUGGAAGUAAAGGCAAGGCAGCCGAGGUGGAGGGCAAGGCGGAGGAGUUGAAGGGCAAGGCAAAGGGUGCGGCGGCACAUGCGGAGGGUAAGGCGAAGGGGGCGGCGGAAAAUCUUAAGAAUCAGCUGUGA